AACUUCGUUAGCAAACCACACGAAUGAAGCCUCAUCAGUACAGGACAGAAAUAAUAAUAAUGAGGCACGCCGAUACAUACAUGAUUGAUGAUACAUAUACUGAUACGUAUCAGAGGACCGACCCACAUGGCUGGUGCAGAGGUUUAUCCUCAAGAGAAGCAAAUCUAAAGUUUGAAUCAAGAAAGGGCCUCUCACACCGUUGUCCUGUGUCUAAAGCUCCAACAGUAACAUGAUGAUGUGGGACGAGUGGGACGAUUCUCAAACCCAACCACAACCACAACAGCAACAGCAACAGCAACAGCCAGACCAGGAUUCUUGCUUUAAUUUCGAUCUCCUUUCCCUUCUCUCUAGACCCAAGGAUUAUUAUAAAAUACUGGAAGUUGAUUAUGAUGCUACGGAUGAUGCUAUUCGGUCGAACUAUAUACGCCUAGCACUGAAAUGGCAUCCCGAUAAGCAAAAGGACGAGGAUAGUGCCACUUCGAGAUUUCAAGAGAUAAACGAGGCUUACCAGGUUUUAAGUGAUCCUGUCAGAAGGAGAGAAUAUGACAAGAAGGGGAUGAUGCACAUCUAUGAUUACAACAUAAGCGAGUACCUCAACCGGUACAAGGGCCUUAUAUUAACAUGUAAUGGUCUUGGGAUCAGGCAUUCAAUUUUAUAAGCAGAAACAGAGUGCGUGUACAUUUGCCACUAAUCUUCUUACCUGGUGAUUCAAAGGAGUAGAACAGCUAGGAAUUGGGAGCAGCACAGUUUGGAUGUAUUAUGGAAUCUAAUACGUGCGUCAGUGUAUAUAUAUGGGUAGAGCAGUAUCCCUGCAAAAGUGUUACGUUAUGUGACAAUUUUUUUCUAUCUUGGGAGGGCUGCGAUCUUACCAUCGCGUGGCUGUUUAUUUUUCUGAUAUUGUUGCUUAAUUGAUGGAAUGUUUUAAUUUGCCAUGACGAAA